GUACUUGACUGCUGUCAUUUUAAGUGUUUAUUGGUGUUUACCAUGCUGCCAUGUGAAUUCAAGAUAUAAAAUUGUAACUGUUUUUCACUACAAUUUUAUUUUGUAAAUCAAAAUGCAGCAAGCUCAUCGUCCAGGAAAUCUGAAGCAGAGUAAUAAGGCUCACAAAUCUAAACAUAGAUCCAAGCGUGGUAUAGCUGCCGCAGUUAAAGGUAAGGUGAACGUGAAAGAAUUUGUGCGUCGCAAUCGUCACGUUCUGAAGAAAGAUGAACGUCGUCACCAAGCCCUGCAAAUUCGCAAGAAUAAGCGAGAGGAAGUGUUGACCAAAAAACGUGCGCUUGGUGGAAAUCGCAAUCCACCUUUCCUUGUCUGUAUGGUGCCACUGAAUAGUCAGCUUGAUGUCCAGUCAGCUCUUGUCAUCUUAAAAACAUGUUCUGAAGGUGCUAUUGUUACCCAUGCUAAUAACGGAAUUGUUCACAUUGGUUUACCUAACUUCAAACAGCGGUUCUCUUUCAUUUGCCCUGAAAUUGAAAAUGACUUUAGCCUCCUUGAUGCAUUAAAAAUUGCAGACACAGUACUAUUUGUGUGUUCAGCAUUAGAGCCAAUAGAUGCAUGGGGUGAAAAGGCUUUAGCUUUAGCAAUGGCACAAGGAAUGCCAACACCAGUAGUAGUUGCCAUGGAUAUAGAAGGUGUUCACCCUAAGAAAAGGACAACUGAAAAGCAAAACGUACAAAAGCUCAUAUCAAAAUGGCUGCCUGAUGAAAAGAUCAUGCAAUUAGACAAAAAUUCUGAUGGACUUAAUGUGCUUCGUAGAAUUGGUAAUCAAAAGCGCAAUAUUAUACAUCACAGAGAAAAGAGACCAUAUAUGUUAGCAGAGGAAGAAGAUUACAUAAAAGAUGCAGAAGGAGAAACUGGUACAUUAAAAUUGACUGGUUAUCUUAGAGGAAUGCCUCUUAAUGUAAAUGGCUUAAUACAUAUAACAGGUUUAGGGGACUUCCAAAUGUCUAGAAUUGAUGGCUUAGAUGAUCCACACCCCCUAAGUGUGGUAAAGGAAAAUGUUAAAUCAGAUGCAAUGGAUGCUGAAGUGACUAAAGUAACAAUUUUACAAACAGCAGAUCCAGCUAAACAAGAAAGCUUAGUUGCUGAAAAUGUACCAGAUCCAAUGGACGCAGAACAGACAUGGCCGACAGAGGAAGAAAUUGAAGAAGCAAAUAAAGAUACAAAGAGGAAAGUGAAAAAAGUACCUAAGGGUUGGUCAGAUUACCAAGCAGCUUGGAUCGUUGAAUCCGAUGCUGAAGGCGAUGAUGGUUCUGAUGACGAAAGUGCUGAAGAAGAUGGUAAUGAAGAGUUUAUGUCCUGUGAAGAAUCUGAUUCUGAACAAGAAGACGGGGAAGAUAACGAUUUUGAAUCAGUGGCAGAGUCGGAAGCUGGGCCCACAGAUGAAAAAUACGAUGCUACUAUCGACGCGGAGGAAGAGCAUGAAAUGUUAAAAAAACUAGCUGCAGCCAAGGAAGAUAGGCAGUUCCCAGAUGAAGUAGAUACUCCACAAGAAAUACCAGCAAGGGAAAGGUUUAAUAGGUACAGAGGAUUAGAAUCAUUCAGGACAUCAUCAUGGGAUCCUAAAGAGAAUCUACCUGCUGAUUUCGCGCGCAUUUUCCAGUUUGAAAAUUACGAUCGUACAAGGAAGAGGGUUUUCAAAGAACUUGAGGAAAGUCUUGUAAAUAUGUAUGGUUACUACAUAACAAUCCAUGUGAAAAAUGUUCGGCAAGAUCUCUGGAAGGCUUUUCGUACGGCUAAUCCCAAUGCACCUCUUUCUGUGUUUGGUCUCCUACCCCAUGAACACAAGAUGUCUCUGAUGAAUGUUGUGUUGAAACGCACAGGAGCCAGCGAAGAACCAAUACAGAGCAAGGAACGGCUUAUAUUCCAAGUGGGAUAUAGGAGGUUUAUAGUCAAUCCUAUUUUUAGUCAACAUACAAAUGGGAGUAAACACAAGUAUGAAAGAUUCUUCCAGCCGGCAUCUACGUGCGUCGCAUCAUUUUAUGCUCCAAUUCAAUUUAGUCCUUCUUCUGUUCUCUGCUUUAAGGAGAAAAAGAACACAAAGCUGCAGCUGGUAGCAUCUGGAGUUCUGCUCUCUUGUAAUCCCGACAGAUUGAACAUUAAGAGAAUUAUACUGUCUGGUCAUCCAUACAAGGUCAACAAAAAGUCAGCCGUCAUUCGUUUUAUGUUCUUCAACAGAGAUGAUGUGCUAUAUUUCAAACCUUGUAAACUAAGGACUAAGUAUGGGCGAACGGGACAUAUUAAGGAGCCAUUGGGUACUCACGGCCAUAUGAAAUGCGUGUUUGACGGGCAAAUAAAAUCUCAGGACACAAUUUUGUUGAAUUUAUAUAAACGAAUGUUCCCCAAAUGGAACUAUGAAGAUUGUAUUGUUACGGAUAGAGAUUGGAAGAGUAGCGAAGCUAUGACAGAAUAAAUGUAUAAAAUAAA